UAACUCAAAAAAAUCAGAUAACGAGGUUAAGUUAUGGAGAGAAACAUUGGAUAGGGCAAGUUAUAUCAGUGCAUUAUGUAGACCAGUUGGCAAUCAAUUUGGUGUUGUGGGAAUUCAGAUUGCAGAUAUAACUAUGUAUCUAAAUAUUCUUGUAAAGGAUUUGGCUGAUAUACCAAGAUACUUCUAUCUAGAUUAUGCGGAAAUUCCGUCAUCCCCUCAUCAGUUACGCUUGAAAUCUCUCAUUCGUUUACUUUUAACCUUAAGAAAUGUAAUGAUCGUGAAUAGGAGUCUUAUAAUGCAGGCAUUAGAACAAGCUACCUCUCAUCCACCCGAAAUGGUAAUCCAAGUCCUACCAUUUCCACGCCUCCAUAUAAUAAUAAAUAGUUAG